GCAGAUUGGAAUUGUCCAUGAAGCAAUGCGAUUUCCUUUGUGGUUGCAUGGACAAACAAUCAUUACAUUUAUUGUCAUCUCAACCCUCCCUAAGAAACCGUGCAACUUGUGCCAGGAAGUGAAGUUGCAGUUGCUCCAAAGAGACGCAAAAGAAACACUGAUUCUUACAAAGAUGCCUCUGCAAAAGAACAUUCUAUUGUCAAAGCACUACUGCGUAUCCAAGACUCGGAUGAUAGAUUUAUUCACAAGUGCGAAGUCAAUGGCAUAGACAUGGGUGUAGUGCUCACUUCUGCUGUCUUUAUUCAUCCAGACACAGCUAAAAAAAAUUCAUUCAAUUCUCUUCAGCUUGUAGAUAUAGUACCUAGAUUGCCAUCAAAGGAGAUCAAGAAGAAUCAUGAAACAGAUCGUCCAAGUGUAAAAAGCAGUUCAACUGCAAAAGAAGCUAAGCAAGAAUUCCAUCAGGCAAUUGUUCGUCUUUUGAUUUCAGAGUCAGUGGCUAAAGGACACAUAAUGGUUUCUGAGUCUCUCCGACUUUAUUUGAGAGCAGGCUUACACUCGUGGAUAUAUGCUAAGGGAUGCAACUUCAAUUUGAAGAAAGAUAUUCCUUUAUUUACGCUUUCUCCUUUCCAAUUUAAGAGGUUUGGAAAGAAUGAUGCUGGUGAUAAUCAUGGUUUAGAAGUUCUUGAUAGUCAUAAGAAUUGGAAGACCAAAAAUUCGCUUCUCAAGACCAACUCAGACACUGAUAUGGGUAUAAUUGAUUGGUCAAACCAUGAGAAAAUUGUUGCAGCUCUUUCAUAUGUACCUCCUAGUAGUGAGGAUGGAGAAGCUGCUACUAAGUUCAACAGUAGAAAGGGAAUAUCAAGUCUUCUGCGUGCAUGGUGUUUAGCUCAAAUCGACACAAUAGUUGCCCAUGCAGGAGUAGACGUUAGUAAGUUGGUUUUAGGAAAUAAAAUGUUGCUUCACUUUAAGGUGAAGAAUCAUAAAUUUGCAAAACAUGGAAAGGUGCAGGCAUCAUAUAGUUCUCUGGAAAGCAGAAAUAGAAUUGGAGAACCAUCAGUUGACAUCCUUUAUGUUUUGUCUGCUUCUGAGGAAUUUCUGCGUGGUGAAAAAACUGGUGUAUAUGAACUUGAACUUGAUAGUGGAAACAGGGAGAACACUAACCUGAGAACCUUAGAAUUGUUGGUUGAAACGCUGCAUUUGGGUGAAGGUGUAUCUUUCCACUCUGUCAAAGAGAGAUCAUCAGACAAGUGCUUUGAUACAACAAUUUCUUCCUUGAGCUGGAUGGGCACAGUUGCUUCUGAUGUAACUAACAGGUUGACUAUGUUACUAUCUUCUGCUUCUUGGAUGCUGUUCAGUACUUAUGACCUUCCUUUCCCUGGACAUAUUCUAUUAUAUGGACCUCCGGGUUCUGGGAAAACGUUAUUAGCCUCUGCUGUUGCAAAAUCUGUUGAAGAACAUGAAGACAUCUUGGCACAUGUAAUUUUUGUAAGUUGCUCUAGACUCACAUCAGAAAAGUCUCCAACAAUUCGUCAAGCUCUUUCUGGCUACCUAUCUGAAGCUUUGGAUCAUGCGCCUUCUGUUGUCGUCUUUGAUGAUCUUGAUAGCAUUAUGUUAUCUUUUUCCGAGUCAGAAGGAUCUCAACCUUCAUCCUCUGUUGUGGCUCUGACAGAAUUUCUUACGGACAUCAUGGAUGAAUAUGAGGAGAAGCGAAGGAGCUCAUGCGGAGUUGGUCCCAUUGCAUUCAUAGCUACUGCUCAGUCCCUCACUAAUAUACCACAGGCCUUGAGCUCUUCUGGAAGGUUUGACUUUCAUGUGCAACUGCCAGCUCCUGCUGCUGCAGAACGUGGCGCUCUACUGAAACAUGAAAUCCAGAAGCGUUCCUUGCAAUGCUCUGAUGAUAUCUUGUUAGAUAUUGCUUCCAAGUGUGAUGGAUAUGAUGCAUAUGAUCUGGAAAUACUGGUUGAUAGGUCUGUUCAUGCUGCCAUCGGUCGCUUUUUAUCGGGCGAUUUGGCUUCCGGAGAACAUGAGAGGCCUACUUUAGUAAUGGAUGAUUUUUUGCAAGCAAUGCAAGAGUUCCUUCCAGUUGCCAUGCGUGACAUCACUAAACCACCUGAAGGUGGACGCAGUGGUUGGGAAGACGUUGGUGGUCUUAGUGACAUCCGGAAUGCUAUCAAAGAGAUGAUUGAGCUGCCUUCAAAGUUUCCAAAUAUCUUUGCACAAGCUCCUUUAAGAAUGCGGUCGAAUGUUCUUUUAUAUGGCCCUCCUGGUUGUGGAAAAACACAUAUUGUUGGUGCUGCUGCUGCUGCCUGCUCACUGCGGUUUAUUUCGGUGAAAGGCCCUGAGCUGCUGAACAAAUAUAUUGGUGCUUCUGAGCAAGCUGUGAGGGACAUAUUCUCCAAAGCAGCCGCUGCGGCACCAUGCCUUCUAUUUUUCGAUGAAUUUGAUUCCAUUGCACCGAAAAGGGGGCACGACAAUACUGGAGUGACAGAUCGAGUUGUUAAUCAAUUUUUGACUGAACUAGAUGGUGUGGAAGUCUUGACUGGUGUAUUUGUUUUUGCUGCCACCAG